AUCCCUGAAGACUAGAAAACACCAUGAAGAAGGGGAUGUGUCUGAUGGAGUUCCAAACAUUAGGGCUGAGUUUCCUCCAUUAGACUGGGGACUCUCUGAAGGACAUGUCGGCCUCCACCAUCAGACUGGGAGCUAGCUGUCCACAGGCCUGUGCAUCUCCUGUGUCAGACUCGGGGAGCUCCUGGGGUGGGGGGUAGGGCUGUGCUUUCCCCUCACCCUGCCAGCAUCAUGGCAGCGGGGAGAGAUCCAACUGCUCUGCCUGAGGCCAGGACGUCAAGUUUCAAGGUGCAUCUGCCUCUUCUCUCCAGACCUUGCUCAGUGGGUUGUGUCUCCCCAGGUCUCCCUGCCGAGAGCGUGUACAACAGAGUGCAGCACCAGGAAGGGGAGACUCUGUCCGUGCAGUGCUCCUACAAGGGCCGCAAAAACCGCGUGGAGGGCAAGGUUUGGUGCAAGGUCAGGAAGAGGAAGUGUGAGCCUGGGUUUGCCCGGGUCUGGGUGAAGGGGCCCCGUUACCUGCUGCAGGACGACGUCCAGGCCAAGGUGAUCAACAUCACCAUGGGGGCCCUGAAGCGCCAGGACUCGGGCCGAUAUUGGUGCAUGCGCAACAGCUCUGGGAUCCUCUACCCCAUGAUGGGCAUCCAGCUGGAAGUGUCUCCAGCCUCCACGACUCAGAGGAGCUCUCCUCACACCUGUCUGGACAAAGUCCUCAAAAGUAGGACGGUCACGACAGGACCAGCACCUACCUCAGGUCCUGAUGCCCCUUCCACUUCCGGUACGACUCUGUUCCCACCUGGACCCCUCACCUUGGCCAGACCCCUGCCCUCCACUGCCUCAGGGACCCGCAGGCCAGCCUCUGUGACCAGCUACAGCUUCACCAGUACCAGUGCCACCACCAAGGGACCCAGGAGGAUCACAAGAUCCCAGUCGGUGACCGUAUCUCCCAGUGAUGCCAGAGUCUCCCCUGCCAGCCCCACAUCCAUCUCCACCACGUCCGGGCGCCUCAGCAGCCACUCGCCCACCACAGGAAUGUGCCACAACCAGUUACCCUCAUUCAGGCCCCAGGACUCUGACCUCACUGUGCUGGUGGCAGUGCUGACCUUCCUCCCAGUGCCCGUGAUGUUGGCCGUGGUCUAUGGGUUUUGGAAGAAGAGACACAUGGGCAGUUACAGCCUGUGCAGUGAUUCUGCUAGACCCUGGGCAGAGCCACCAAGAAGACCAGAGCCCCUGUGGAAGCCGGCUUAGUUGGAGACCAUUAAUGAUGGGGUGGGAAUCUUCUCCCAGGCGGACACUAAGGAGGCCAGAUGAGGAGGCCACUGCGUUCUCAGUUUCCUCUACUCCCAUCAAACUUCUACCAACACAUGGGGACAAGAGUUGGGGCUCAUGAACCCUGAGGCAGUUGAUGUUCCAAGAGCCCCACCCUGGAAGAGGAGAAGGAAUAGUGACUCAGAGAUGGGGCCACAAAGGGGUCAGCAUUCGGGGAUCCCAGAAUCGUCCAGAGCUCCCCCAUCUGGCCUUGUGUCCUGCCAUGGGGCCUCUGCCUGCCCUGCCACCCCAGAAGCCUGCAGAGUCCUCACCCUAUCACUGCCUCCUGCCACUGAUCCCUCUUGGGCAAGCCAAGAGCCCCUGGCUGAGGGCCAGCCUCUGCAGAAGCCGAACUCAAGACUCUAUCCCCAAGUUCCUGCACCUGGGUUUCAGGUCUGAGCGUCUGGAUGGUACUGGCACCCAGGGUCUCCAUCCUCCAGCCUGGGAUGCUUGAGACCCCAGCUCUGUCUGGUGCUCACCCCACGGCACUGGUGGAGAGACCAUGGUUUAGAGUAAGGGGUCACACCCUCAUCACAGGAGCCCCUUAGAAAAAAUAACCCACUUCUGACACAGUGAAGACAACUUGGAGCUACCCACAGCCUGGAGAAGUGGCCCAGGAAGGCCCAGGGAGAAUGGGACCCAGGAAGCCUCAGGCCAGGGUCCCUUGGCCUGCAGAGUCUGCUUCCCCACUGGCAGCUCAGAGGUGGUCUCUACUGUCUAGACCCCUGGCCUGGAGUCCUGGCUGGAGGAUGAGGGGGCUCUACCAGCCUGCAGUGACUGGAAGGGCGCGAGGGACAAGUGUGACAUCUCUACGCUUGGCCUUGGCUCAGGAGCUCCUGGUGGGAGAGCGAGCGUCAUGGUCAGGAGGGCGACUGAGCUGGGGCCUUGGUGGCAGCUGGGGAGCACUACAGAAUGGCUGUAGGGAGAGAGGAAGAGACAGCCAGGAGGCACCUUCCAUAUGUGUAGCAGAGGGCGGAGAAGGAAGACCCAGGCUGAGCAACUGACAGACCUGGUCCCAGGACAGGCAGGCAGGCAGGCAGGCAGGCAGGCAGGCAGACAGACAGACAGACAGACACACACACACACACACACACACACACACAUACGAUGACCUCAAUCUGGUCAGCAAACAACCUGCUAAGAGCCACCACCCUGGCAUAUGCCUAGGAGGGGCUUAAUUCAUCUGGGGGAAAUGGCUUCCCGAGACCCCCACCACCACUGGUGACCCUGUGCCACCACCAUCGACAGCCCCGAUGACACCAUCUCCCAGAGUGAGAGGCCCAAUGGGAAGGGUCCUGGAGAAGGAGUCAGGGAUGGGGACCAGUCAUACCACUGUCACUGUGUGACCCUGAGCAAGUCACUAACCCUAUCUGGGCCUCGUUUUUCCUCUCUUAUGAAAGGGGACAAUAAAUCCUACCUCUCAAGAUUGUUUUCAGAAUACCGUGAAAUGACAUGAACACGGCAAACGCGUGAUGCCCCGUCCGUCCUUCCGGUUCCUCGGGUUCUCCGCCGGUUCUCUUGCUUCUCACAUGCUGCAUUUAAGGCCUUGGGAUGCUCGU